AUGGCGAUGUACAAUCAACAAUACUAUGAUCCUUAUUAUACCUCGCCACAAGUGUAUCAAUAUAAUCCCUACUAUGACACUUACACAUACAAUCAACAAUGGGGAGAUUAUUCUAGCACUUCCUACAAUGGAAUUAAUCAAUAUGUUCAACCAACUUCUUACUAUCCUCCUGUACUAUCACCAGAUCUAGAACGUGCUCUUAUUGAUAUGAGCAACUCUUUGAAGGCUGCUACUUUGGAGAUGAAACAAAAUAGGAUACAGUGUCAGCAAAACUUUCAAAAAAAUAUGCAGAUCUUUCAACAAUCUCUAGAGAAUCCUGCGGAGUCAAGGGAAACAUCUACAAGUGAAUAUGAAAUUCAAUGUUCAAACAUUAUGCCUUCACAAGUAGAGAGUGAUCCAAUAGAGAAUGUCAGUGGCAUCACUGUCCAAAGUGGUACAAAACUUGAAUCACCACACCAAGAAGUUAAUGAUUUGAUUCCAAGUCAUGAAGUCAGAAAUUCAUCCCUUGAAGAGUCAUCUCCACCAAAGGUUGAAUCUCCUACUUUAGUUGGUCCACCAUCACUGAAAAAGUCAUACAAACCAAUUGUACCAACUUAUGUCCCUCCUCCACCUUUUCCAAGUAGAUUGAAAAAAUCAAAGAAAGAGGAGCCCAUUAAGGAGAUCCUUGAGACUCUUCCUAAUAUUGAGGUAAAAAUUCAAUGUCUUGAGGAAAUCAAAGAAGAGACUCAUUAUGCUAACAUUCUUAAGGAGUUGUGUCCAAAUGUGAAAAUUUUGAAUGAUGGUGAGAAAGUAAGUGUGGGAGAGAAGGUUAAUGUAGUUCUCCAAAGAAAGUUGUUGCCUGAGACAAGUACAAUUCCAUGCACAGUUAGUAAAACCAGGUUUGAUCAUUGCAUGAUAGAUUUAGGAGAAAUUAUUAAUAAUAAGUCUUAUUUUAAUUUUGCUUAUUUAAAUCUUGGUCCAUCAAGAAAAACUCAGGUUUUUAUUCAAUCGAUUGAUCAAACUAAUGCUUAUCCUUUAGGGAUAGUUAAAGAUAUUUUUGUGCAGGCUUAUGGACUUGUCAUUCCAAGUGAUUCUUACAUAAUUGAGAUGGAAGAUGAGGGUGAUCCCAAUCUUACAUCAACUUUAUUUGGGAGAACCUUCUUACUCACUGCAACUAAGAAGUGGAAUACAAAAGCAUGGAUACUUAGAUUGGAAUUUGAUGGUGAAACACUCAAAUUCAAUGUGUUAGAUUCCAUUCAUAAAUACAUAAAGAAUGUGUCUUUGUUAGAAGACCCAAUAUGA